AUGGCACCUAAAGAUGUCACUGUUCAAAACGAAUGGUUGGUUAGUCAACGAUUGCCUCGGGAAACAUCCAAGAAAAAACGCGACAUUACAUCAAUGGUACGGUUAGCCCUCGACAAACAGAAAGCUUUUGAUAGGGGAUACUGGCCAAAUUGGACUUUGGAAACUUUUCAAGUCAAACCCAGUGUAGGAUCCCGUUAUAAAUUAAUUGAUGGUGAAAUGUUGGAAGGAUCGUUUUAUCCCGAAGAAUUGCAAGAAGUGAAAGAAGACAAAGACGAGGCUUACGUGAUUGAAAAAAUCAUAGAACGACGAGGUAAAAACGUACUCGUCAAAUGGAAAGAUUACCCUGCUAAAUUUCAGUUGGAUAAAUUAUGUCGACGAAACAUCCGCGAUGCCAAAAUUACUGCUCCCUUUCAGCCUGCUGUGGAUAUGGCCUUUGAUAUGUUUUACUUGUAUUCGGAUAUUGUGGAACCACAGCGUGUUGGUGAUGCGGUGACUCCGAUCUUGGAUGUGUUUCACAACACGGCAGACCAAUUAGAUAGUACACAAGCCGUUCAAACGGGAGCUGGUGAUGCCAUCGUACCCGUUGUUAACCAUGGUUUGGGAGAAAGAAGAAAAAAGAUGGGUGAAAGUUCAGAGUUUGAAUUGCAGUCCCGACUACAUGUGGAUUUGUGUUUACAAGAUCGUUAUUUAAUAGAUGGUGUGGAUGUUCGCAUCCAGUUGGAAAGACAACAACCAAAAUUUUAUUUGAUGUGGAACGAAAACAAUGAAACGUACAAAGUGGAAUUGAUCAAAGCCUAUUUGGAAGUACCUUUUGUUACGUUGGCACCAUCAACCUACACGCGCAUUGCUGAACAACUACAAUCGAACAACGCCAAAUAUCCACUCAAGCGAGUAGUCGUCAAAGACAUCAGCAUACCAAGUCGUCGACGUUUUCACGUUUUGGAUAAUUUAUUCAUCAACGAAGUCUUGCCUAAACGUCUCAUUUUGGGUUUGGUGGAGAACGAUUCUUACGACGGCAAUUCCAUCAAGAAUCCAUUCAAGUUCCAUCAUCAUCGACUAGAAUACAUCAAACUGAUGAAAAAUGGCGAUGUGGUGGAAGAAUAUUUCAUGGAUUUUCCUAACAAACAAGCCACAACACCGUAUUUAGAUUUGAUGAAAAGAGUAGGAAUACUCAACAGCAAAGAAGAUUUGGAUAUGUCUUACAACGACUAUAUUAAAGGCUACACUCUUUUUGGUUUUGAUUUAACCAAUGACCACGGAGCAGAUCAAGUCAAUUUUCACCCCAAGUCGUCUGGAAGUUUGUCUUUGGAAUUGAGAUUCGAAAACGCUCCACCGAAUCCACUUAAUUUGCUAUUGUUUGCUGAAUACGACAAUGUCUUGGAAAUCGACGUCAACCGCCAAAUUUUGGUGGAUUGGUAA